ACCUCCUUCCCUCACUGAAAUACCAUCAAGUUUCUUAACAAGACACAAUAUCAAGAUGAUCCUGUUAUGGGUUACGCUGCUUGUUCUUCAUCAAGUAUAUGCACUGGUUCCUGUGACCACAGUUCAACUUGGUGAACCUGCAACCUUCACGUGUGUUUUGCCUAAAGAAGAGUUGCGCAGUGAACAACUCUACUGGUACAAGCAGCGUGCCGGGGAGACUCUGAAAUUAAUUGUGACGAUGCAGAAACAUGUAAACCCUGUGUAUGGACCAGCGUUUUCUGUCUCAAGAUUGAAUGUAAACGUUUCUAAGAAUAUCAGCAACCUCACCAUUCUGAGGACAAUUCAAGAAGAUGAGGGAAUGUAUCACUGUGCAGUCCUGGAGUGGAUUAACAUUACUUGGACGGGGACCUAUUUGUCUUUAAAAGGCAACACUCAGAGGACAUCAAACUAUACUGUUGUUCAGGGGCCGACUGUAUCUGAUCCAGACCGUCCAGGAGACUCAACUCUCCAGUGUUCAGUCCUCUCUGACUCUGACAACAAGACGUGUCCAGGAGAUCACAGUGUGUACUGGUUCAGAGCCGGAUCAGAUAAAUCUCAUCCACACAUCAUCUACACUGAUGGAAAUAGACAUGAUGAAUGUGACAAGAGAUCUGACUCUCAGAAAAGCUGUGUUUAUCAUUUCUCUAAGACCGUCAGCUCCUCUGAUGCUGGGACUUAUUACUGUGCUGUGGCCACGUGUGGGGAGAUAUUAUUUGGGGAUGGAACUAAACUGGACAUUCAAGGAACCAGUCUUUGGUCACAGAAGGCCAAUGCAGUUAUUUUUCUGCUGUGUGCUGUCUUGGCUAUAAGUCUGAUUGUUAUAGCCUUCCUCAUUAACGCCAUCAAGACAAACAAGUCCGAUUGUUGCAACGAUGCUGUUGCCCUGCAAAAAAAAAAAGUGGUGGUAAGAAAAGUUAACAGAGAUGAGGACACAUGGGUUUAUUCUGCUGUCGUCUUCACCGUGAUGAAAACUGACAGUGGUGCAAUAAAGGAUGGAAAAGCGGCAGAGAGAGAGAGGAUCUACGCUGCUGUCAAGGCUUUUGGGUUGGAUUAGUAAAUUAACAGGUCUGUUUGUCCAUAGGUUUAAAAGUAGUUAGAUUGAUUGUGUCUUUUUUGUUCAAAUGUACACACUUAAGAAAUACAUGACGGGGGGGUGGCUCUGUGGCUUAGCAGUUAAGAUGC